AAAACAGUAGAAAAUAUUUAUAAUUUUGCCAUGUUUAGAAGAAAAUCCAUGAGUUUAAGACAAUGAGCAAGAGAAAAUUACAGAAACGGUGUCGAAGUUAACCCAUCAGCCAAUCAAACUGCGACUCCUGUAGAAACACAGUUCGAGAAGAUUCUUAAAUUCUCUUGCUGCAUAAAAUGGCUUAAGAGAAAAUUUCUCAAUUCCAACAAAUAUCUCUCAGAUUGUUGGGAGUCCGAAUCGUUGUUCGAGUUUUUAUCAGGGAAGAUGCAAGGAGGUGGUGGUAGAGAUCCUUUUGGUGGUGGUUUUGGGGGUCCUUUUGGUGGUUUUGGAGGUGGCUCUUUUGGUGGUUUUGGAAGAGGUUCCUUUGGUGGAUUUGGUGGCCCUAAUGGUCCUCCGAGUCUCAUGUCUAAUUUUUUCGGAGGAAGAGAUCCAUUUGACGACCCUUUCUUCACUCAGCCUUUUGGUGGUGGCAUGUUUCAAUCCAACUUCUUUGGUCCCAGCAUGAAUCCUUUUGCAGAAAUGCAUCGUCUGCCACAGGGUUUUAUUGAGAAUAAUCAGCCUCCAGGACCGAGUAGAUCACGCGGACCGGUUAUUGAAGAGAUUGAUUCAGAUGAUGAGAAAGAAGGAGAAGGUGAUAAAGAGAAGAAAGGAAGUCUAGGGAAACAUGGCAGGUCAAGCAGUGAGGCUGAAACUGAAGAUGCUAGAGUGCGAGAGAGAAGAAACCGGCAAAUGCAAAGCAUGAAUGUAAAUGCAGAGAGAAGGAACCGAGAAAUGCAGAACAUGAAUGUGAAUGCAGAGAGAAGGAACCCACAAAUGCAGAACAUGAAUGUGAAUGCUAUGGUGAACAAUGGACAGUGGCAACCUCAAACCGGUAGUUAUAGUUUUCAGAGCUCGACUGUUACAUACGGUGGUCAGAACGGCAACUACUAUACUUCCUCAAAGACCAGAAGGACAGGAAGUGAUGGGUUAACUCUUGAAGAAAGCAGAGAAGCCAACACUGCAACGCGGGAAGCAGCGCAUAUGAUUUCAAGAGGCCUUCAUAACAAGGGCCACACAGUUGCGCGUAAACUUAACUCAGAUGGCCGUGUUGAUACAACUCAGACCUUGCACAAUUUGAAUGAAGAUGAAUUGGCUGGUUUUGAACAGUCUUGGAGUGGAAAUGCUAGAAGGCAAAUGCAGUUACCCAGUCGCUCUGGUUCAUUUGGAAGUGGUCUUGUGAACAGAGAGCAACCAAUGUUACUUCCCUCGACUGAUCCAAGUCCUUCUCAUGCACGAGCAGAAUCAUCCCGAAGACCGAAAGCUGCAAUGAAUGUAAGAGGACAUGGUACAAACUAAUCUCCGCCUAUAUGUAUGGUUUCGAAAAUCUUUAGUGAAUGUAACCAAAGACUAAUUACUUUACUUAGGUUGCAUCAUCAUUACUGUAACUGUAUGAUGACAUGAUUUGAGGGUUUUAAACACUGCUCCUUGAUGAUUAUUAUAUAUGUAUCUUUUGUUACAUUAAUCAGUUCUUCGUUGCUUAUAAUCAUAUAGCUAACU